UCAAAGCAAAGCAAAUAAUUAAGUGUGGAUCAAGAGCUACCUGCAGCUUUGACCGGUUCAAAACAGGUGAGACAGAAGCGGGAGGUGUGGAGGAUCAGGUACACUACAGGUGACUCCUUCCUAGGAUCCAAUAGGGCAGGAAGGAUUCCCUUCCUUAUUAAAGGACUUCAGUGAUUCACGGAAUGAGUAUCCUUUCCAAUUUACACUGGCAAGAUGAAGCCGGUGUUCAAUGAGUGAGGAAACAGCUUUGAAUGAAGAGGGAUUUCUCUUCGUAGAUUUCUCUUCAAUUCACAAUCAGAGGAAGGUCCUGCAGGUAGAUCCCAUUGGAAACCUACAUUUAUUUGAUCAAGAAGCUGAGCUGCCUGAAUUGACAGAUAUUAAGAUUUGAAAGCAUGUACCUGCAGAAUCAUCAAACUGGACUCGUUUGGGAAUGACUUCUGGAUUGCACAUAUAUUACCUCUCAUCCGGGUAAUGCGGCUGGAAACCUGCCCUGUCUCAGAUGUAUGGCACACAUCAGCCUCCAGGUGUAUAUAGUAAGAGACCCACAGGCAUGGGUCUUGCAGUGCAUACGGCUUUCGGUUCUUGGAGCUGGUUGCUAUGGCUGAUGGUCCUUGCAUUUUCGGAAGCAUCAUCGUAUGUGAACGAAUCCUCAAAUUCCACUGCCCAACAGGCACCUGAUGCUCGGUUUGCUGCUUCCAGCUCAGACCCUGAUGAACGGAUAUCUGUGUUUGAACUGGAUUAUGACUAUGUUCAAAUUCCCUAUGAGGUCACCCUCUGGAUAUUGCUUGCAUCUCUUGCAAAGAUCGGUUUCCACCUUUACCACAAGCUACCCCACCUCAUGCCAGAAAGCUGCCUCCUCAUCAUCGUGGGUGCGCUGGUGGGUAGCAUCAUCUUUGGCACCCAUCACAAGUCGCCUCCAGUCAUGGAUUCGAGCAUUUACUUCCUGUAUCUCCUUCCACCCAUCGUGCUCGAGAGCGGCUACUUCAUGCCCACACGGCCCUUCUUUGAGAACAUCGGCUCCAUCCUGUGGUGGGCAGGUCUGGGGGCCCUGAUCAAUGCCUUUGGUAUUGGUCUCUCCCUCUACUUCGUCUGCCAGAUCAAGGCCUUCGGCCUUGGUGACAUCAACCUGCUGCAGAAUCUGCUGUUUGGUAGCCUGAUCUCGGCGGUGGACCCUGUGGCGGUGCUGGCUGUGUUUGAGGAGGCACGUGUGAAUGAGCAGCUUUACAUGAUGAUCUUUGGGGAAGCCCUGCUCAAUGACGGAAUCAGUGUGGUCUUAUACAACAUACUAAUUGCCUUCACUAAGAUGCAUAAAUUUGAGGACAUAGAACCUGUGGACAUUUUGGCCGGCUGCGCCAGAUUCGUCAUUGUGGGGUGUGGGGGAGUAUUUUUCGGCAUCAUUUUUGGAUUCAUCUCUGCAUUCAUCACACGUUUCACUCAGAAUAUCUCUGCGAUUGAGCCGCUCAUCGUUUUCAUGUUCAGUUAUCUGUCUUACUUAGCAGCGGAGACACUUUAUCUCUCUGGCAUUCUGGCAAUCACGGCUUGUGCAGUGACAAUGAAAAAGUAUGUGGAAGAGAAUGUGUCCCAGACAUCCUACACGACCAUCAAGUACUUCAUGAAGAUGCUGAGCAGUGUGAGCGAGACCUUGAUCUUCAUCUUCAUGGGCGUGUCCACCGUUGGGAAGAACCACGAGUGGAACUGGGCAUUCAUUUGCUUCACGCUGGUCUUCUGCCAGAUCUGGAGAGCCAUCAGCGUAUUUACUCUCUUCUAUGUCAGUAACCAGUUUCGGACUUUUCCCUUCUCCAUCAAGGACCAGUUCAUAAUCUUCUACAGUGGCGUGAGAGGCGCGGGAAGCUUUUCCCUUGCGUUUUUGCUUCCUCUGUCCCUUUUUCCUAGGAAGAAAUUAUUUAUUACUGCUACUUUAGUAGUUACGUACUUUACUGUAUUCUUUCAGGGAAUCACAAUUGGCCCACUGGUCAGGUACCUGGAUGUCAGAAAGACCAAUAAAAAAGAAUCCAUCAAUGAAGAGCUGCAUAUCCGGCUGAUGGAUCAUCUAAAGGCUGGGAUUGAAGAUGUGUGUGGGCAAUGGAGUCACUACCAAGUGAGAGACAAGUUCAAGAAGUUUGAUCAUAGAUACUUACGGAAAAUCCUAAUCCGGAGGAACCUGCCAAAAUCAAGCAUUGUUUCUUUGUAUAAGAAGCUUGAGAUGAAACAGGCCAUUGAGAUGGUAGAGACCGGAAUACUGACCUCAGCAGCUUUCCCCACACCCUAUCAGCCUAAGAGGAUACAGGGAACCAAGCGGCUUUCCCCUGAAGACGUGGAGUCCAUGCGGGACAUUCUGACGAGAAACAUGUACCAAGUUCGACAAAGAACCAUGUCCUACAACAAAUACAACCUCAAACCCCGAACAAGUGAGAAGCAAGCCAAGGAGAUUUUGAUCCGCCGCCAGAACACACUGAGGGAGAGCAUGCGGAAAGGCCAAAGUCUGCCCUGGGGAAAGCCGGCAGGCACCAAGAACUUUCGCUACCUCUCCUUCCCCUACAGCAAUCCUCAGGCAUCGAGGAGAGAAGCAAGGGCUGCUGAGUCCACAGAUGACGAUGGCAUGGAUCCAGGAUUCCAGCCUUUGAUGUUCAAUGCACACUCUCGAGCAGGGUCCCUUCAGGAAAGACGUCAGACACAGGCGCUGAUCCCCAUGAAGAGCUUACACAGAGGAGAGAAGGCACUUAGCUUCAGUCACCGAAGAAGCAACCCCAGCUGGGAGGAGCAUGCCGGAUGGGGCAGGAGGGAUGUCAUCCGGCCAAAGCCACUGUUCUAUGCAGUGGAUGAGGAGUAUGAAUCCGGAGAGCAGACAGAGGAGGAGACAUCAGCAACCAGGUCCAGAUGGAUAGCUGAGCACAGACAUAACAGAGAAUACUACAAAUCCCACAGUCCUUUGCUCCAUAGACAAUAGUUCACUGUUCUAAGGAUGCUGGGUCAUUCCAGAGUCCCUAUUCCAUUACCAUGAAACAAAAAUUCUCACAAUUGAGAACAGAGUUAUUAAGUUUGCGUUUUUGAAUCUUUUGGACACCUAUAUAUAUAUAUAAAAGGAUGACUUUUCACAGCCAACUUGAAGGCUGAGCCA